AUGUCGUCUUCCACCCGGCAGCACUACACGGGCGUUGCCCAUACCGCUGGCAUAUACGCCGACCUCAGUGUCGACGGCCCAAUCAUCGGCACCCUCGUCGCCAUUGUCGAUCGUGCAAAGAACCUGCCAAAUCGCAAAACAAUUGGCAAGCAGGAUCCCUACUGUGCUGCCAGGCUCGGCAAAGAGGCCAAGAAGACGACGACUGAUAUUCGCGGCGGCCAGACUCCCAAGUGGGAUCAAGAACUAAGAUUUGCGGUUCACGACUCCCCCGACUACUAUCAACUCAAAAUCUCCAUCUUCACCGACGACAAAAAGACGGACCUCGUCGGCGAAGCUUGGAUCGACCUCAAGACCAUCAUUGUGCCCGGCGGCGGCCAAGCAGAUGUCUGGCAGAGCUUGUCCUGCAAGGGCAAGUAUGCUGGCGAGAUUCGCCUUGAAAUUACCUUUUACGACUCCCGACCUAAGCCGGACAAGCCCGUCAAAGCCAAGCAGCCCUCAGCCUCGGAGAUCGACGUGAACCGGCAGCGAACCUCACCUGUCAGGAGACGCCCGCUCCCCUCCGAUCCCGUCACUGGCGAAGCUCCUCCCGCUCCCGUACCGGCUACAACCGGGACCACCGCACCCUCCAACCCGGAAUACUAUGGUCACCAGCAGACGCCUCCGAGGCACGUGAAGCACCCUUCACACUCUGGCAUAGUUCCCAACCUGUCUCCAUUACAGGCCAUGGAGUACAACAGCACAACUCCUCAAGGAGCUCGACAGCCGGGUGAUGGGCACGGCACCUCGCCAGGAGCUACUGCCGCUCUCAGCUACUCGACAACACCCAGUCGCCAACCGCACCGCUCGAGAGAUCACUACGAAACCCCUCCACGACAGGCCGACAGCCCUGCCUACGAUUUUCAAGACGGCCCGGCUCACCACAGCCAUAGUGACCGUCAUGAACUGCACAUGGGAGAUAGGCACUUGCCACCUCUGGAAGUGAGUCAGCCACCACCGCCCCCGCCAGCACACCGUUCGCGCCACAGCAGUGUCGGCCCAGACUCGGUCCAAGUCUCGCCUACAAAGACUGGCCCUUCAACACCCAUGAGACGCGAUGUUCUAAAGAGCGAAGCUCAUCGCCAUACAACAUCGACCUCCUCUGCUCGUCUGUCCUACUCGCAUCAAGAUCUACGUUCAUCACCUCACAGCCCAGCAGGCUAUGGGACCCCUUCACCUAGGCACCAGUCUUAUGAUGCUGGUCAUGGCAACCGUUCAUUGCAUGCCACCGUCGAAGAUGUGCCCGAUUCUCCCACAGGACCUGGGAGCUCAUCUUACAGAAGCAGGCAUGAUAGUGAGCCUCCAGCGCCCGUGGGCUCCUCUCAUAGAAGCAGGCAGGAUAGCGAGCCUCCGGUCCCUAUAGCCGCUUCCCACAGGAGCAGGCGUGAGAGUGAACCGCCCUUUGAGCGCGACCCCAGCCCAAAUCCAUACCAAAGGCAGCUGACCCAACCGUCGCCGGGUUUCCACAGUCAGUCCCCGCGCUAUGGCUCUGCCCAUGAUUAUGACGAUCAAAAUCACGAUCAUGGCUAUCAGGGCUCGCCUUCCACUAUGCCCAGCCAUGGCUACGUUGCCAGCUCCCACAGUACACCGCAGCAUCGUCACGCUAGACAGAGUAGUGGGCAACCUCCACGCCCCCCUACAUAUGGCAUGCCCGCUCCUCCCGCUUCUCUCCAGUACAACGUGGACCCUAGAUUGGCCCACGAUGUCUCGGAACGCAUCAACGAGGAGCGGCAAUACGAUAGUCGCCUCACUGGACAGCAUGCAUCACCAGCUCGCGGCCGUCAGAGGAGUGAGCCUCUUCCCAGCUACGCAGCACCCACUCAAACCUAUGUGCCACCGUCAAAUCCUAACAGACACGGGAGUGCCAUCACGUACUCGGGAGGGCCUCAGGAUGUUCAACCUCGCAGCCACGGUAGGAACAUGCCUGCGAGCCCCGCCCACAGCAUUCCCAGAAAGUCUGUGAGCCCGGCUCCGCAGGCCAUUGAAGAACAGCAUGCCUCAGACGUUCCAUUUGGCCCCGAUUCCUAUGACGCGCUAAACCCUAGUAUGGUGUCGUCGCGCUCAUCCAACUCAGCGCUGUCCGGACUAGACCGCAAAGACCCGAAUGGCAAGAUUGUCAUGCAUGAUGGGCGCGAAGUUGACCCUUCUGAUCAUCUGCCCAUGGAAUCGUGGGCUCCUGAGCCUGAGCCCAGAGUCAGUCUCAAGUCGGCUUCCUCUGAUGACAUUCGUCGAUCUCCAGGCGGAGCUCAGCCCAUGCCACCUAGUGGACGUAGGCAUAUGCGACUUUCGCGAGCUGAGACGGCACCCAUACCCUCCUAUGGAUAUGAGGAACCUAAAACACCACCAGCGCUCACUGCCGGCCGCAACCGCCUGCAGAAGAAGCCUCCUCGAGGCGCCUCCGUGUCUCCUGGGGCCCCGGGUCCAUUGGCUCUCAUGGAAAACCACCAGGAGAGACCGAACCCCUACGGUUCAUAUGGACGUCAGAGUCACUCACAGCGCGGCUCGUACGACUACGCAAAUGAGAACUAUGCCCCGCCACAGUAUGGUAGUGGACCGCCUAUACCGGCCAAGAUCCCGCUGAUGAGCGGUGCCAAUGCAUCAGAGAUGUCGCUGGCAGAGGAGAUGCAACGCAUUGAUAUUGGCAGUGGUAGAUCCCGCCGCCGGGGCGGCUACUGA